AGAGAGGAGUUGAAAGAGUGUGUGUGAAAGAGAGGCAGCACAGUACAGGAGCUGAGGGUGGCUCACUAGAAGAAGAGAAAAUGUGAUUUUAAACUACUUUUUUCAAAUGUUCUUCAUCUCUGAAAUUCUAGUCCUGUUUUUUGUUCUCUUUGUGGUUUAUCAAGACAAACACUGAGGAUACAAGAAGGAGCACCACAGCCAGACUGAAAGCAUGUUUCCAAGGAUGAAGCCGGUCUCAUGGGAUAGCCAUGUUUUGUCUCCAUGACAGCUAGAUCAGUCAGCCCUCACUGCAGUGACCACCUGCACAGCAAAGGAUGCUUGGAAAUAAUGAGCAUUUUUAUUCCAGUCAGGAUGACAAAGAUGAGGAGGAUGAGGAGGAGGAGGAAGAGCAAAGGCGAGAGGCAAGAGACGAUGAAGGCCGACACAACAGGGAAAAUGGAGGACUAGAAGGUCUGGGAGAGAAGGAAAUGAUCGGAGGACGGCAAUCCUGGGAAGGGAAGAGCGGUGAGGUGGGGAAACCUGCAGCCGUUGUGGUUGGUAGACAGAGACUAGGCCGACCGUUGAGGCCAGGUAACCUGGAUAACCGGGGCAACCCCCACAUGUCCAAUCAGACCCAACCACUUCAUCAUGUCACCAACAAGCUGCAGCAGCAACAUCUGAUGGCAGCAAAAAGACGAGCUCUCAUGGAGCGCAGCAUGACCACCAUGGCUCCUCAUGAAGACACUUUCCUGACCAUGAUGGUGUUUCGCAUUGGAAUCCCUGACAUCAAACAAACAAGGUGUCUCCAGUUUGACCAGGACUGCACCGUGUGGAGUGCCAAGCAGCAGAUCGUCUGCUCACUCGGUGAGUCCUUAUGGGACGUCUACAACUACGGACUUUUCCAGCCGGCUGGAGAAGGACGAGAUGCCAAAUUCCUCGAGGAGGAGCGUCCCCUGCGAGACUACGCACACACCUUUGAGAAAGGGGUGCCCUACCUGGAGUUUAGGUACAAAACCAGAGUCUAUAAACAGACCAACCUGGAUGAAAAGGCUCUGGCUAAACUCAGCACAAAGGCCAGUCAGAAGAAGUUUCUAGAAUACAUUCAGACUGGAGCGAUGGAAAAAAUGGCAAAAGUUCUAGAUAAAGGUCUUGAUCCUAAUUUCCAUGACCCCGACAGUGGAGAGACCCCGCUGUCGGUGGCCCUGCAGUCUGGCCUGUCCAUGGAGGGCAUCAGGCUGCUGGUUCUGGGUGGAGCUCAUAUGGACUUCAGGAGCAGAGACGGGAUGACGCCGCUGCACAAAGCUGUCAGAGCUCACAAUCACGCUGGACUGCUGGCUCUUUUGUCUCUUGGAGCGUCUCCAGACUACAUAGACCACUGUGGCCUGACCCCGCUGUACCACACUGUGCUGACAGGGGGCGAAACCUCCUGCUGUGAGACCUUGCUCUAUUACAGGGCAAAGAUGGGCACCAGGGAUGAGAACGGCUGGGAUGAGACUCAUCAGCACAGAGAUGAAGAGGAAUUUGGAAUGGAAGAAAUACAUAAGACUUGCCAGAAUGGCUUUGCACAACACUUGGAGCAUCUGCUGUUUUAUGGAGCAGACACUGCUUCUCAAAAUGCCUCAGGGAACACUGCACUUCACAUCUCAGCCCUGUACAAUAAGGAAAGCUGCGUCCGGGUUCUCUUGUACCGGGGAGCAAACAAGGAAGCGAAAAAUAAACAUGGUCAGACCCCUUUUCAGGUAGCUGUGAUGUGUGGUCACUUUGAGCUUGGGGAGAUCAUCAAGAACCAUAAAGACACUGACAUCGUUCCCUUUUUAGAAUCGCCAAAGUUUGUUCCCAGGCGAAAAGAGAGCAUCCACACGCUGCCUCUUCCUUCGCUUCAUUCCCACCCCCUGCUGCGUGCUAACAGUGAUAACACCAUGACCCAGUCUGACCCCUUGAUUCUACCCAACAAGGCUGCUAACAAUCCCAACCCUGGACAGGGUCAGCGACGAGCCUCCAUAGGUGUCAGAAGCUCCAGCAGUCCCAGGAACCGUACGCGGUCCCCUUCCAGAGGCAGAGGGGGCCAAAGUGAUACAGAGGAAAGACAACGACAGCCCAGAGGCAGACAGGGUGCGCCGCCGGCCGGCAGUGGGGGAGGCCAGAUGAAGCGAAUGUACAGUGCAGUGCCAGGGCGAGUGUAUGUGGCCAUUCGCUCCCACUCUGCAAGUGGAGACAGAGAACUCUCACUUAACAAAGGUGACAAAGUAAAAGUGCUGAGUGUGGGAGAGGGGGGAUACUGGGAGGGAACGGCGAGAGGACGCACUGGCUGGUUUCCUUCUGACUGUGUGCAGGAGGUAGCCCCGCCCAACAAAGAAAAAGAGACGCGGAGUGAGAAGGCCAAGAGGAAGCUUUUCCGCAACGUCACUGUUGGAGCAUACGACGGUACCGAUGGCCCAAGUGACUACAUCAUCAAGGAGAAGACAGUGCUCCUACAGAAGAAAGACAAUGAAGGCUUUGGCUUCGUACUCAGAGGAGCCAAAGCUCAGACUCCCAUAGAGGAGUUCACUCCAACGCCAGCCUUCCCUGCGCUGCAGUACCUGGAGUCUGUGGAUGAAGGGGGCGUGGCUUGGAGAGCGGGCCUGAGGAUGGGGGAUUUCCUCAUCGAGGUGAACGGCCAGAAUGUGGUGAAGGUGGGUCAUCGACAGGUAGUCAACAUGAUCCGACAGGGCGGCAACAGCCUCAUGGUGAAGGUGGUGAUGGUUGCUCGGAACCCCGAACUGGAGGACACAGCACGAAAGAAAGCGCCCCAGCAGACAAAAAGACUGACCCCUCCUGCCAUUGCCCUGCGAUCAAAAUCUAUGACAUCAGAGCUGGAAGACAUGGUGGAGAAAGCUGCCUCUCCGUGGAAGAAGAAAGCAGAAUAUGAGUCCUCUCAGGCUCCUGAUAAGAAGAGGACAGUUUAUCAGAUGGCGUUAAAUAAACUUGAUGAAAUAUUGGCUGCUGCCCAACACACUAUAACAUCAGACAACCAGGGCCAGAAGGGUCAUGGAGCCAAGAGGGACCGGAGCAAGAGUAUUGUUCCCAACGUCUCCAAUGAGCAACCGUAUGAGCAGCAGUCAUCCUUCGGCAUGAUGCAGACUGGCCAAGGAUUUGGUUAUAACCAGGCCCAUUUUCAACCAGGCCACGGACCUCAACAUGCAGUCAUGAUGCGUCAAAAAUCCAUUGGUGUGACAGAAGAAGAAAGGCAGUACCUCCACCCACCUGCUAUGAAGCUGGCUCGCAGCCUUUCAGUGCCAGGACCAGAAGACAUCCCACCACCCCCUAACACGUCUGCCCCAGAGCCACCUUUAUCUGCAGGCCCUUAUACUGGUAGAGGGCCUGCUAUGCCAAUUCCCUCUAUAUCUCAAGCCCACUACCAGCUCCACUCACAGCCAGCACAUCGUACGCAGGCUGCCUGGGAUAGGGGAGGACCUGGCGGGAUGAACCAGCAGGUCAUGGUUCCCACCCUCCGCAGGCAGUCAGAUGGACUGUCUAUAAGAGAGCCGGAGGCACCUCGGAGAGGUGGUGGCAAAAUGGGAGGGCUGAGGAGAGGAUACAGCAGUGCCACACCACCAACAAGUGCAAAGCCAAAAGCCCAACAGGGACAACAUCCUGCACAACUCCCCAACCGGGAGCAAGGUGGAGGAGAUGGAAGGGGAGUAGCGAGGCGCGGAGGUCGUGGAGCUUUGAUUAAGCAGUCAAAGGUGGAGGAUGGACUGAGACAACAUAGGGGUAAAGGAGGUGCAACCAAAGAGAAGAGUUCCAUCCCCAUCCCCACUAUCAUUGUCAAAGCGCCAUCCACCAGCAGUAGUGGUCGAAGCAGCCAGGGUAGCAGCAUGGAAGCAGAGCCCUCCCAGGACGUAGAGGAUCAAACCUCUGGAAACACAGCCCCAGACAACUCCAGCACAAGCCUACCCUCACCACUCACCUCCACACCACCUCAACCGACUACACCCAAUUCCUUGCCUUCAUCGAGCGCUGCACCUGCUGUGUCUUCACAGCAAAACCUGGAAAAGCUGGACUAUACCUCAACAUUUGGCACAGCAUUUAGUGGAGGAGGAACGCGCAGGGACAGAGAACGAUUAAGAGACAUGAGAAGAAAGAGCGCAUCUUUCUUUCAGUCAUCAGAGGAAGACAUCCAAGGAGAGGCAGGAGGCGGAGUUGGGGGAGUAGGAGAGGGAGGAGGAGGAGCACAUUUGGUCCAAGUUCAGCCUUUGCAAAGCUCAAAAAUGGAGGUGCCUACCCCUCGACUUCGACCUUCCAAAUCUAUAGAUGAGGGCAUGUUUUCUGGAGACAACUACAUGAACUAUUCCAGUAGCAUGCCACCAGCUUUUGGCCUUCCAGAGUACUCUUCACCUGUCCUUGGUCAGGAUGGGCAGCCCAAGUCAGCUCCCUCAGUCUAUGGUAUCCAGCCUACAACCUUUAUUCACCCACUAACAGGGAAAGUGCUUGACCCCUCGUCCCCACUUGGCCUGGCACUGGCUGCAAGAGAACGAGCUCUGAAAGAUGACCGGAGGACACGCCGAGAUGAGAGGCACUUUGGUCGGCAGUUGUCCACAGUUGGAGCCUUCCCCACACCCAUUCAGACCCCAACACCCUCACUGUUUGCAACCCCAACACAAUCGGCAUACACUUCUCCGGUGUCCCUCCACCUUGGAUCUCCCUCUGCCACCAUCUCACCUGCAUCUUUAAGCCGGCCGCAGUCACCAAGGAUUUUACGCUUAGGAGGAGGAGGUGGGGAAAGGGUGGAGAGAGAAAAAGAGGGAGGACCUAAGGAGGGUCUUAGAGUUCGUUUCUCUGAGGACAGAAACAGCCAGUUUUCACCCCAGUACUACCCACAGAGCAGCAGAGAGAGAGAAAAGGAGAUGUACGAAAGCAAACAUGCUCAGUCUGUUCAGCCUCCUCCCCCACCAACCCAACCUGCUCCCCGUAGACCUACCUAUCUGCAGAUGGAAAACGUUCCCAACACGAGCUACAUUCCACAGUACACUGUCCCCACAGCUCCAUCACAGACUAAUGACACAAUGGGAGAAGCAAGAGCUGGGGCGGGUGGCCUGGGACUAAUGGUACUUCCUCCGCCAGCUCCCUCAAUAGAUGUAGAUGAAGAGUUUGUUUUUGCAGAUCCCUUGCCCCCUCCUCUACAAUUUGCUAAUGGAAAGAAUGAGAGAGCACUGGAGUUCUCUCAGCAUCAUCAUCACCACCACCAGAGUCAACAUCCUAUGUCUGUUGCUCCACCUCCACCACCUCCUUCUUCAUCUUCCAAGCCCUCAAAUGCUCCCCAAACCUCCUCACAAGGUGGUGACUCUGCCGCUUCCAGCCUCACUUCCUAUGACAGUGAAGUGGCCAACCUCACGCAGUCUGCGCUUUCUCCGUCGUAUCCGUCCCCACAAAUAUUUGCACCGUCGUCUACCACCACCACCUCAGCAGCUGCUGUCCCUGUCACAUCACUACACAGACCCCAGCCCAUGUCUCAUUCACACCCUUACUACAGCGCUAAUGACCCGUUGGUUGGUGUUCAGACCUCAGCCCAGGACAGAGGCACAGCUGCCCUUACUACCACCAUGACCUAUGCUACAAACACAAUGACAGCAACUGCUGCAGCCACAACCACCACAACCUCUCCAGCAUCCUCUGAUUACAGCAUGGCUGGGGCCAAAAUGAGCCUUAGCACAGGAAGUAAAGAAACCGAUCUCACUUAUUACAGUACAGGUAUUCCCAAGAGUGGAGACUGGCAAGACACAGUGGUGGAUUCUGGAAUUGAGGAGCUGGACAGCCAUAGCAGUAGUGACCAUCAUCUAGAAAUGCUGGGACUGGGUGGCCUGAGAGGAGAAAAAAUAGGACUUGGAGGUGAUGGACGAGGAGGCGAGGGAGAAAAAGUCAGUGAACAUCAGGAUCCUUGCACAGCCUACAGGGGAGGCCAAACAUUUGAGGUGCACACCUCCAAACUGGCAAACCCUGUCUUUCCAAAGGUGUCUCAUUACAAGGAAGUGGAAGGGAGGGGCCCGCCUAUAGCAUUACGCAGGCAGAACAGCACCAACCCGGCUCCUUUGCAGCUGCAGAGACAAAGCCACCCUGAAGAUGCCAAUUUAGAUAUAAGUCUUGUUGACGACAGAAAGCACAAACAAAGUCGAAGAAUUGAAGAUGGCUUUAGCUCCGCCCUAGCUGCCUGUUUAGAGAGGCCCCUGGAACCUAGAUCAGUGGUCUGGGGAGACAUUGCAGAACAUGAGCAAGCAGGAGUCCAGCAUGGGGGUAUGGUCUUGGAGGGUCGCAGACUUCACUCACCUUUUUCUGGGGUGAAAGCCAACAUCAUCAAUGAGCUGAGCUCCAAGCUGCAACAGAUGAGUGGCAUGAAGAGCAUGGAUGACUGGAGCCAUGCUCCUAAGUCCCCUGCCAUGCAUAGGUAUUCAGCAGAUUUUACUGAUGCCUUCAACAGCCCACCAACCGGUCGCUCCACCUCGCCACUACCAACCUCGUCCCCGCAGCAUCGACAGAUCCUGACUCCCAAUCUCUCGGCCUCCCCUUCUGUUUCUCCGUCUCCUCAGGUCCCAGUUCAGCGCAACUGGACCCGAUCCCCUUCUCCUCAGAUGCCUACUUCCCCGGUACAUUCCCAUCCUCCACAUUCUCCAACCUACUGCCCAUACCCAACAUCACCUAAGCACAGAUCUAAGUUGCGCAGGCAGACUUUUGAUUUUCAGUGUAGUCCCUCUAAAGAGAUGCGGUCCUCAGUUUCCAGGCGUCGGGCUCCCAGUCCUCUCAUCUACAACACCGAACAGCCGAAUCCCACGCCACCCAGGCCGUCCUCUCUCCCUAUCCUGCCCUCCACACCUAUCUACAGUAACCCCUUUGACUUUCCUGGCCCCCUCACUCCUCCGUCUCCUGGUCACUCUCUUGGAGAUCCCUACCACGCUUCAGCUCCCCCGCUGUUCUCGCCAUCUGGUGUGCCGAGUCCAAACCCUCUACUCGUCUCACGCUCUCUCUCCCCGACUCAUUUCUUCUCUGGAGCCUCCUCCCCUUUGCAUCUACCACCCAGCCCUUCCUGUCUCAACUAUCCCCACCUCAGCCCUCCUCCCCCUGCCAAACCCUUUGCCAUCAAGCCUCUACCCUACUGGACCAAGUACGACGUUGCCGACUGGUUGACUUACUUAAAUUUGGGUGAACACAGGGAUCGUUUUAUAGACAACGAGAUAGACGGAUCUCAUCUCCCUUCACUUACUAAGGACGACUUCUUGGACCUGGGAGUGACACGUGUGGGGCAUCGAAUGAACAUCGAGAGGGCCCUCAAGAAACUCACUGACAGGCGUCUCUCCUCUCCUUUGCAUGUCCCCACGUCUCCUCGAGUCACAGACUGAGAAAGUGAAGGGAUGGUUCAGAGGGGAAAGAAAAGGGAGAGAAACUAAUUGACAAAGAUGAUCAAUAACCGAAGAUGUGCAAGAGAAGAACAGUGGACAUCGACAGGCUAAGCCUAAGGGGGUAGAAAUCUGGGGGACGGUGUUUGCUUCACUGCUCGUAAAUUUAUGGAAUAAGUAUAAAACAAGUCAGAAUGUCCUGAGUUGAUGGUUUAUAAGUGAAAAUAUGUUUCUAAACUUUUGAUGGACGGGCUUUUAAUUAACGCACUAUUUUGUGGUGUAAAAAAAUAAACACACUUUCAGCAUUUAUUUUUUUCCUCCAGGCACAGCGACAGAUGGAUUCUCACACCAUCUGGUGCUCAGAGCUGCUGCUGAGAAAACUUAAGUAUAAAGACAAGCAGACAAAUCGCCCAGGAAAAUGUUAUUUACUGUGACUGAAGCAGAGACUCUAUUAAAAGCAGAGACGUGCUCAUUCUGACGUCUGCUUUGUGCUAUUCAGCAGAUCAGAUCCACACAUUUUUAUUUUGUUUGUAAAUGAUAGAAAACAAUAGACCAAAAUAAUAUAUAUAUAUAUAUAUAUAUAUAUAUAUAUAUAUAAACACACGCAGAUUUGCCCCAAAGGAUGCCCCAAUAAGCUUUGUAUGUUUGUACUUUGCAAGCCUUAAGUAUCUAUUACAUGUUUUGCAGGAUUAGUAAAAGAAAACAUUUGUUUUGUACUCAGUGCUGACAGCAAUCAUUCAUAUAAAACUGGUCAGGGUGUUUUUAAACGUUGAGAAAAUGAGGAAGAGAUUUUUCAUCCAUAAUUCUCCCCAGAUCCAGACAGAACAUCGGAGCAAACUCAGAGCGUUUUAUCUCUGCUUUGGGGUGAAAGUAAAGGUCAAAGUUGUAUCUUCGUGUAGGUCCGGUGAUCAAAAAGGGCUUUUUUCUGCUUCUCUAUUUGCCUAAAUUUCUCUGUGAGUCAGCUUGUCUGAUAAUGUUCUUUCCCUGACUUAUACCUUCUCUUCCUUUUUCCAUACAAACAAACGCUUGUUCUGCUCCUUAAAUAAUUCGUUUUUUCUGUUUUCUAACCUGACGAUCAAAUGGUUUCACUAAAUCUUGGGCUCGCAUCAACUUUUUACAGGUUUUUGCUGAAAUAAACUUAAAAUUAUGGUUUGUGUUACAUCCCAAACUGGGCUUUAAUUUAACAUGCAAGUUUAAAUUUAACUGUGGAGGCAAAACACACAUCACUUAUAGCUCUGUAUGUAAUGAUGAUAAUGACAGCAAAGACAAUAAAAAAUAUAGUAUACUGAAAAGUAUAAUGUUAGGUAUGUGAACAUUUUUAAGAAUCUCUGUCUUCCAGGUAGUGUGGACAAAUUCUUUGACAUUUUAUGCUUAAUUUUUGUUCUUUUCUGUAAAUGCUUUCUAUACUGCGGCGACCCCAGUGAAGCUCAUUUUAAGGCCUAUGUUCUCCAUGUGAGCACCAAACUAUGACCAUGAGUAUCUCCAGUGCUGUCUGCCGAUGGACCGCCGCUCUGAGCGAACACGGACUGAGCAGUAGCGUAGAAUGCAUUACACCUUAUGAAUAGCAGAGUAUUUUUAGGCCUAGUGUAAUGCAUCAUGACUACAUAUUUUAUGAGCAUACGUAUGCAGAGAUAAAAGGUAUAUAAAUAUAUAUAAAUUUUGUUUUGAAUAAAAUACAGUAUAUAACAUGAUAGAGGCUAAGGUGUUGAAAUAAAUACUGAAAUAAACCCUU